AUGAACUUUUAAAACUGAUUGCAUUAACGUUUUCCAAUUUAAUCACCAUAUAAAUCCUUCAUAUUAAUCACUCUAUUGCAGUCUUGCUCCCUUAAUUGCAGAACCACCAACACAGAAACCAAGUUUGCCCCUGUUCUAUCUGCAGAUUAUCUCACACAUGAAAGUAGGAAUCCUUGAAGUUCUUGUCGUAAAUGCCGAGGAUAUUAGACACACUAAUCUUCUUGGAAGACCUGCCUACUAUGUUAUAUUACAAUGCGGAGCUAAAGAAUACAGAAGCAAAACAUCUCCAGGAAAACAUAAGAAAGUACCGUGGAAUGAGAAAUUCAAGUUCGAUUUUCCGCAAUCCGAAUGGGAAAAAUGGACUUACAUCAAAUUCAAGAUCAUGGACAAGGAAUUCUUCAAAGACAACGGAUUUGUUGGUGAAACCAAAAUUCACCUUGGUGGAAUUAUUACCGAGGGGACCGACAAAGGAUUUAUAGAAGUGAGACCAGCUCCAUACAAUGUAGUGCUUGAAGAUAAUACCUAUAAAGGACAGAUCAAGAUUGGAUUUAAAUUCAUUGCUAAUAAAGAAGUGGAAAAUGAGAUUCAAGAGCUUGCUGCGCUGCCUAAUGAACCGAGAUCACUUUAUAGCUGCAUCAGGUGUUUGUGGAACCUCCCGUGGUGGGUAUAUUUGUAUCUCUUUAAACUCGAGAAUUCCAAAAAGGAGCACAAAGAUGAUUAA